AUGUCGGGCUAUAAUAAUAAUCAGGGCCACUACGAUGAUGGCUACAACCAUCAGGGCCACGGUGAUGGCUAUUACCACGAUGAUCAGUACUACGAUCAACACGAUUACUCCCAGCAUGAUGGGUAUUAUGACCAAGGCGGCUACUACAAUGGAGAGCACAACAACGGAGGCUACUAUGAAGGCGGCCACGGCUAUCAGGACGACUACUAUAAUGAUCAGUACUAUGACCAAGGCCACGCUGGUCAGUAUGGCGGUUCAGGAGGCCGAGGCCGCCGUCAUGGGGAUUCCGAGGACGACUCCGAGUCCUUCAGUGACUUCACCAUGAGAUCCGAGACUGCUCGUGCGGCGGACAUGGAUUACUAUGGCCGUGGUGAUGAGCGCUAUAACAGCUACAACGAGAGUCAGAUGGGUCGCGGUUACGGUUACAGACCCCCCUCCUCCCAGGUUUCUUAUGGUGGGAACCGCUCGUCCGGUGCGUCGACUCCGGUCUAUGGGAUGGACUACUCCAAUGCCCUUCCCGCCGGGCAGCGAUCCCGAGAGCCGUAUCCGGCCUGGGCUUCGGACGCCCAGAUCCCCCUCUCCAAGGAGGAGAUUGAGGAUAUCUUCCUGGAUCUCGUCAACAAAUUUGGCUUCCAGCGCGACAGCAUGCGGAACAUGUACGACCACCUGAUGACGCAGUUGGAUUCCCGCGCGUCUCGGAUGACUCCCAAUCAGGCUCUGCUCUCUCUGCAUGCAGACUACAUCGGCGGCGAUAAUGCCAACUACCGUCGUUGGUAUUUCGCUGCCCACCUGGAUCUGGACGAUGCCGUUGGUUUUGCCAACAUGAAGCUCGGAAAGGCCGAUCGCAAGACGAGGAAGGCUCGCAAAGCCGCCAAGCAGGCCGCAGCCCAGAACCCGGAGAACGAACAGGCGACCCUGGAGGCUUUGGAAGGUGACAACAGUUUAGAGGCCGCCGAAUACCGGUGGAAGACUCGAAUGAACCGCAUGUCCCAGCAUGACCGCGUCCGCCAGCUCGCUCUGUAUCUGCUCUUGUGGGGUGAAGCCAAUCAGGUUCGCUUCAUGCCUGAAUGUCUCUGCUUCAUCUUCAAGUGUGCCGAUGAUUACUUGAACUCUCCCGAGUGCCAGAACCGUGUCGAGCCGGUCGAGGAGUUGUCCUAUCUCAACAACGUCAUCACUCCGCUCUACCAGUACCUUCGCGACCAGGGAUAUGAAAUCCUCGACGGCAAGUACGUGCGACGCGAGCGCGACCACAACCAAAUCAUCGGCUACGAUGAUGUCAAUCAGCUCUUCUGGUAUCCGGAGGGUAUCGAGCGGAUCGUGCUGCAGGACAAGACCCGACUCGUCGACAUCCCACCCGCCGAGCGCUGGAACAAGCUCAAGGAGGUCAACUGGAAGAAGGUCUUCUUCAAGACGUACAAGGAGACUCGGUCCUGGUUCCAUAUGAUUACCAACUUCAACCGCAUCUGGGUCAUCCACCUGGGUGCUUUCUGGUUCUUCACCGCAUACAACUCGCCGACCCUCUAUACCAAGAACUACGAGCAACAGCGGAACAAUCAACCACCGGGUUCCUACAAAUGGUCCGCCGUCGCCUUGGGUGGUACGGUCUGUUGUAUCAUCCAGAUCCUGGCUACUCUGGCCGAGUGGGCGUAUGUUCCGCGUCGAUGGGCAGGCGCUCAGCAUCUGACGAAACGGCUUCUCUUCCUCCUCCUGGUCUUCGCGAUCAACGUUGGUCCCAGUGUCUACGUCUUCGGAAUCUCCAAGGAUGGCACGGAUUCGAUCGCUCUCAUCCUCGGUAUCGUCCAGUUCUUUGUUGCGCUGGCAACCUUUUUCUUCUUCUCCUUCAUGCCUCUGGGUGCCUUGUUCGGUAGUUACUUGAAGAAGGGCGGUCGUCGAUAUGUUGCCAGCCAGACGUUCACGGCCAGCUUCCCUCGGCUUGAGGGCAACAGCAUGUGGAUGUCCUAUGGUCUGUGGGUCUGCGUCUUUGCCGCCAAGCUGGUCGAAUCCUACUUCUUCCUGACCCUCUCGUUCAAGGAUCCCAUCCGGAUUCUGUCGCCGAUGAAGAUCAGUCGCUGCGCUGGUGACGCGAUCAUCGGUAAUGUUCUGUGCCACUACCAGCCCCAGAUUCUUCUCGGUCUCAUGUUCUUCACCGACUUGACCCUCUUCUUCCUGGACAGUUAUCUGUGGUACAUUAUUCUGAACACCGUCUUCUCCGUGGCUCGGUCGUUCUACCUGGGUGUCUCCAUCUGGAGUCCGUGGCGGAACAUCUUUUCUCGCUUGCCCAAGCGUAUCUAUUCCAAGGUCCUGGCAACCACCGACAUGGAGAUCAAGUACAAGCCAAAGGUCCUGAUUUCUCAAGUGUGGAACGCCAUCGUGAUUUCCAUGUACCGCGAGCAUCUCUUGGCCAUCGACCAUGUUCAGAAACUUCUGUACCACCAGGUUCCCUCGGAGCAGGAGGGCAAGCGAACGUUGAGGGCUCCGACUUUCUUCGUCUCGCAGGAGGACCAGUCGUUCAAGACCGAGUUCUUCCCGCCCCAGAGCGAAGCCGAGCGUCGCAUUUCUUUCUUCGCUCAGUCCCUGUCGACCCCGAUUCCGGAGCCCGUGCCGGUUGACAACAUGCCGACCUUCACGGUCCUGAUCCCCCACUACAGCGAAAAGAUCCUGUUGUCUCUGCGUGAGAUCAUCCGGGAAGAUGAGCCGUACUCGCGUGUUACUCUCCUGGAAUAUCUCAAGCAGCUGCAUCCGCACGAAUGGGAUUGUUUCGUGAAGGACACCAAGAUCUUGGCCGACGAGACUUCGCAGUUUAAUGGCGAGUACGAGAAGAGUGAAAAGGAUGCUGCCAAGAGCAAGAUUGAUGAUCUGCCCUUCUACUGCAUUGGUUUCAAAUCUGCGGCUCCUGAGUACACGCUUCGCACUCGGAUCUGGGCUUCGCUUCGCUCUCAGACUCUGUACCGCACCAUCUCUGGUUUCAUGAACUACAGCCGGGCCAUCAAACUCCUGUAUCGUGUUGAGAACCCCGAAGUGGUGCAGAUGUUUGGCGGUAAUUCCGACAAGCUCGAACGGGAACUCGAACGAAUGGCCCGCCGGAAGUUCAAGAUUUGCGUGUCCAUGCAGCGAUAUGCCAAGUUUAACAAGGAGGAGCGCGAGAACACCGAGUUUCUGCUUCGUGCCUACCCUGACCUGCAGAUCGCUUAUCUGGACGAGGAGCCCCCUCUGAACGAGGGCGAAGAGCCAAGACUGUACUCGGCCCUGAUCGAUGGACACUGCGAACUGUUGGAAAGCGGCAUGCGCAAGCCCAAGUUCCGCAUCCAGCUGUCUGGUAACCCGAUUCUCGGUGACGGCAAAUCGGACAAUCAGAACCAUGCCAUCAUUUUCUACCGUGGCGAGUAUAUUCAACUGGUCGAUGCCAACCAGGACAACUACCUGGAAGAGUGUCUCAAGAUCCGCAGCGUUUUGGCCGAGUUCGAGGAAAUGACUACCGACAAUGUGUCUCCUUACACCCCUGGUCUCCCGUCCAACAAGACGAACCCCGUUGCCAUCCUUGGUGCCCGCGAAUAUAUCUUCUCGGAGAACAUUGGCAUUCUCGGUGACGUGGCUGCUGGAAAGGAACAGACCUUCGGUACCCUGUUCGCACGGACGCUGGCUGAAAUCGGUGGUAAACUGCACUAUGGUCACCCUGACUUCCUGAACGGUAUCUUCAUGUGCACCCGAGGUGGCGUGUCCAAGGCUCAGAAGGGUCUGCACCUGAACGAAGAUAUCUACGCUGGUAUGAACGCAAUGCUUCGUGGCGGUCGGAUCAAGCACUGCGAGUACUUCCAGUGUGGUAAAGGUCGUGACUUGGGUUUUGGUUCUAUUCUCAACUUCACCACCAAGAUCGGAACCGGUAUGGGUGAACAGAUGCUGUCUCGCGAGUACUACUACCUUGGCACUCAGCUUCCCCUGGAUCGAUUCCUGUCGUUCUACUAUGCCCACCCUGGUUUCCACAUCAACAACAUGUUUAUCAUGUUGUCGGUGCAGAUGUUCAUGAUCGUCUUGAUCAACCUGGGUGCCUUGCGACACGAGACGAUCCUGUGCCGCUACAACCCCAACGUGCCGAUCACCGAUCCACUCAUGCCGACGGGUUGUGCCAACCUGGUUCCCAUCACCGACUGGGUGAACCGCUGCAUUGUCUCCAUCUUCAUCGUGUUCUUCAUCUCGUUCGUUCCUCUGGUUGUCCAGGAAUUGACCGAGAGAGGUUUCUGGCGCGCGGCGACUCGUCUUGCCAAGCAUUUUGGAUCCUUCUCCUUCAUGUUCGAGGUGUUCGUGUGCCAGAUCUAUGCCAACUCGAUCCAGCAAGAUCUCUCCUUUGGUGGUGCCCGCUACAUCGGUACCGGUCGAGGCUUUGCCACGGCUCGUAUUCCUUUCGGAGUUCUCUACUCUCGUUUCGCGAGCCCGUCGAUUUACUUUGGAGCCCGGGCGCUGUUGAUGCUGUUCUUUGCCACGACCACCGUGUGGACUCCGGCCCUGAUCUGGUUCUGGGUGUCUCUGCUGGCGUUAUGCAUCUCUCCUUUCCUGUUCAACCCGCACCAGUUUGCCUGGAACGACUUCUUCAUCGACUAUCGUGAUUACCUGAGAUGGCUGUCCCGCGGUAAUUCUCGGUCCCAUGCCUCGUCCUGGAUCGCAUUCUGCCGCCUGUCUCGUACCAGAAUUACGGGUUACAAGCGCAAAGUUCUUGGUGUACCUUCGGAGAAGCUGUCGGGUGAUGUUCCCCGAGCUCGUCUGUCGAAUAUCUUCUUCAGCGAGAUCGUUGGCCCGUUGGUGCUCGUUGCCGUGACCCUUAUCCCGUAUCUGUACAUCAAUGCGCAGACAGGAGUGAAGAACGCCAAGCCUACCGACUCCCUGGUUCGUGUUGGUAUUGUUGCAUUCGCUCCUAUUGGUGUCAAUGCCGGUGUUGCGGCUGCCAUGUUCGGCAUGGCUUGCUGCAUGGGUCCCGUCCUGAGCAUGUGCUGCAAGAAGUUUGGAGCUGUGCUCGCUGCCAUUGCCCACGCCGUUGCCGUUAUCAUGCUUCUGGCCAUCUUCGAGGUGAUGUUCUUCCUGGAAGGCUUCAGCUUGCCUCGAUGCUUGCUCGGCAUGAUCUCCAUGGCUGCUAUUCAGCGCUUCGUCUAUAAAUUGAUCAUUGCCUUGGCAUUGACACGAGAAUUCAAGCACGACCAAUCGAACAUCGCCUGGUGGACUGGAAAAUGGUACAGCAUGGGCUGGCACUCGAUCUCUCAGCCCGGCCGUGAAUUCCUUUGCAAGAUUACGGAGCUCGGAUACUUUGCUGCCGACUUCGUCCUGGGACACAUGCUCCUUUUCAUCAUGCUGCCCGCCCUCUGUAUUCCUUAUGUUGACAAGUUCCAUUCCGUCAUUCUUUUCUGGCUGCGUCCAAGCCGGCAGAUUCGUCCACCGAUUUAUUCCUUAAAACAAACCAAGCUUCGAAGGCGUCGUGUUAUCCGCUAUUCAAUCCUUUAUUUCGCCAUGCUUAUUCUUUUCAUCAUCCUGAUCGCCGCGCCGCUUGUUGUCCGUAACAUGGGAAUGGCACAGAAUAUCACCAAGAGUUUCAGCGGCGCGGGCGGGAUGCUACUUAUGCAGCCAAUCAAUCAGGAUAACAACGACACGACCAGCUUCUACACAGGAAACAACCUUCCUGGUGGAAUGUCGGCGCAGGCGCAGCCCACAGGGGCGGCGGCCAGCAGUACCGGCGGUGGCGCGAAGAUGAUGUUCAUGUUCUAA